AUGCGCUCUCCAUCCCAGGCCAUGCUAUGGCUAUAUGGAUUGCUGUUGGCAACGGCCAUCUCUAGGGUCUGCGGACACACAGACAUCCAUUUCAUGAGCGUGCGGAAAAAUGUAACAAGAGAGUAUAAAAGUGUACGCGAGAUACCAACCACCAAAUAUUUCCAUUUCAAUCUCAUCGCGACAGCCGAUGUACUAAACCUUCUUAGAUACUUCAAUGCCAAUCUCACAAACACAGAAGUCAUCCAAUAUCUGUCUCCUCUGGUCCAGACCUACUUUAAGACCAUGAAUGCCAUCGGCGCAGAAACGUGGAUCAUGCACGGAACACUCCUAGCUUGGUGGUGGAACCAGAAGAUUUUCCCAUGGGACAGCGAUCUAGAUGUGCAGGUCUCAGAAGCAACGAUCCAUUUCUUGGCAGAUUACUAUAACGUAACUGAGCAUCAUUUUGACCUUCCCGGCGUUGAGGGCGGCCGCACGUAUGUGCUAGAGGUCAACCCCUACUAUGUCGUCAAAUCGGAGAAAGAUACUGCGAACAAGAUUGAUGCCCGCUGGAUUGAUAAGUCAUCGGGCUUUUUCAUUGAUAUCACUGCUGUCUAUAAGGAUGAGAAUAUGCGGGGCAAUGGUCAUCCUGGAGCUCUAAUGUGUAAGGAUAAGCAUCGUUACGAGGAGAGUGACCUCUUCCCGCUGCGUGAUAGCCUGUUUGAAGGUGUUCCAGUCAAAGUCCCAUACGCUUAUACAUACAUUCUCGAAGAAGAGUAUGGGGCUAAUGCACUCUCUCAGACGAACUUUUCUGGUCAUAACUUCAACGAAGACACCAAGAUCUGGGAGCCUGAAACGUGA